UACAAAAUGGCUGGAAGUCAAAUAAAUAUCCAAAGAAGAGUUUAGGUUCUUCAACAAAUUCUGUUUAAAAAUAACUGCUGCCACAAUGUCAGUAUAUCCUGCACAUAACAGGAAUAACAACGAUAGCCUUGGAGUUCCCUCUUCCCAGCAGAGUACCCACAGCAGCAGGCUUAAGCUGCAUUUGAAAUCAGACAUGUCAGAAUGUGAAAAUGAUGAUCCAUUACUGCGAUCUGCAAGUAAAAUCAGAGACAUAAAUAGUACUUAUGUCAUUUCUGCCUGUGAAAAAACAGGAGAUAUGCCCCUUACCCCAAACCCCGUAGGUAGAUUGACACUUCAGAGAAGAGUUACAAGGAACAAAGAAUCGUCUUUGCUUGGUAGUGAGUUGGGAGACACAACUGAAAAAACAGAAACACAUCUUAUGUUACAGCGUCGUGCUAACGAUUCUCUGGACAAGUGGAAAACAACACAGAAUGUGGGAGGUGGAAUAGAAGAUGAUUGUGCUGCACGGGAAACUAGUACCAAUGUAAAGACUGUAAAUGAUAAGUCUUUUGUUGCAUCUUCUGUACCUUUAGCUGAAAACCCAAAGGACAUUGAAAUGGUGGCUAAUGAAAAAUAUAAUGAAACAUUUCCUGCCCUCAGUGGGACAAAUGAGACUGUCACAGUGAAGUACAGCAGAGCACCCACUGGUUCCCAGAGUCGGGGUGCAGUGGUCAGGUCAGGACCCUUGGCAACAAAACCCAUUCAGAGCAAGUUGGACAUCAAAGUGUCAGGAACAGGAAACUUAAACCAUAGGAGUUUGGGGAAAGAUGUGAAAAUUUUUAAAAAGUUUGAAGGCUUAGACAAAAGAACACCUACAAAAUGCCUCACAGAACCCAAACUCACACUGAAGUGCAGCCUGUCUCAGCUUAGGAGCCCAGCUGCACCAACACUGAGAGGGAGGGCGCCUCGCCCUCAGGUCACUCGGAAGCCAAGAAGCUCUGUUCUUGCAAGUGAAAGGGGAGGGUCCCUGGAAAAUGCAUGCCCUCCUGAUGAAGGAACUGCAGUUCAGAGCCCCUGUCCAGGAGCAGACCCCCUAAAAGGAGAGAACAGUCAAGUGAGAGUGGCAGUUCGCGUAAGGCCUUUCAGCAAGAGAGAGAAGAUUGCGAAAGCCCUCCAGGUGGUCUUCCUGGCUGGGGAAGAAGUUGCUGUGGAGCGUCCUGACAUGAAACAAGUUUAUGGCUUCACCUACGAUGUUUCAUUCUGGUCUUUCGAUGAGCGUCACCCUCACUAUGCUGGCCAGACAACCGUUUAUGAGACUCUAGCAGCACCGCUCCUAGAACGAGCCUUUGAAGGCUACAAUACCUGUCUCUUUGCCUAUGGUCAGACUGGCUCUGGAAAAUCGUAUACGAUGAUGGGAUUUAAUGAAGAACCAGGAAUAAUUCCCAGAUUUUGUGAAGAUCUUUGUGCUAAGGUAGCCAGAAAGCAAACCCAAGAGGUCAGCUAUCACCUUGAAAUGAGCUUCUUCGAAGUAUAUAAUGAAAAAAUUCAUGAUCUUCUGGUUUGUAAAGGUGAAAAUGGGCAGAGAAGACAACCACUGAGAGUCAGGGAGCAUCCGAUCACUGGACCGUACGUGGAAGCCCUGUCCACGAAUGUUGUCAGUUCUUACUCUGAUAUCCAGAGCUGGCUGGAGCUGGGCAACAAGCAAAGAGCCACCGCCGCGACCGGCAUGAACGAUAAGAGCUCCCGGUCUCACUCGGUGCUCACCCUGGUGAUGACCCAGACCAAGACAGAAUUUGUGGAAGGGGAAGAACAUGAUCACAGAAUCACAAGCCGCAUAAACCUGAUUGACCUGGCCGGCAGCGAACGCUGCUGCACAGCUCAAAGUAGUGGAGACCGACUGAAGGAAGGUGUGAGUAUUAACAAGUCCUUGCUGACUUUGGGAAAAGUUAUAUCUGCACUCUCUGAGCAAGCAAACCGAAAGAGAGUUUUUAUUCCUUAUCGUGAAUCUGUUCUCACAUGGCUGUUAAAAGAAAGUCUGGGUGGAAAUUCAAAAACUGCCAUGAUUGCCACGAUCAGUCCCGCGGCCAGUGACAUUGAAGAAACGUUGAGCACACUUAGAUACGCCAGCCAAGCCCGCAUGAUAGUCAAUAUCGCCAAGGUCAAUGAAGAUAUGAAUGCUAAGUUAAUUAGAGAAUUGAAAGCAGAAAUUGAAAAACUAAAAGCUGCUCAAAGAAACAGUCGCAAUAUUGAUCCUGAACGAUACAGGCUCUGCCGGCAGGAGAUAACAUCCUUAAGAAUGAAGCUUCAUCAGCAGGAGAGAGACAUGGCGGAAAUGCAGAGAGUGUGGAAAGAAAAAUUUGAACAAGCUGAAAAAAGAAAACUUCAAGAAACAAAGGAACUACAGAAAGCAGGAAUUACAUUUCAAAUGGACAACCGUUUGCCAAACCUUGUCAAUCUCAAUGAGGACCCUCAGCUGUCAGAGAUGCUGCUGUACAUGAUAAAAGAAGGAACAACUACAGUCGGCAAGCGUAAGCCGGACUCAAGCCAUGACAUCCGGUUGUCGGGGGUGCUGAUCGCUGACGACCACUGCACUAUCAGACAUUUUGAUGGGACAGUGAGUGUCAUCCCAGUUGGGGAAGCAAAGACGUAUGUAAAUGGAAAACAUAUCUCGGAACCCACAGUAUUACAUCAUGGUGAUCGGUUGAUUCUUGGUGGAGAUCAUUAUUUUAGAUUUAAUCAUCCAGUAGAACUCCAGAAAGGGAAAAGACCGUCCGGUAGAGAUACUCUUAUCGGCGAGGGUCCAAAAGACUUUGAGUUUGCCAAAAAUGAGUUGCUCGUGGCACAGAGGUCACAACUCGAAGCAGAAAUAAAAGAGGCGCGGCUGCGGGCCCGGGAGGAGGCGAUGCAGGGCAUCCAGGUUGCAGAGGAGCUGGCGCGGCACCAGCUCUCCUCCCAGAGGGCCGCGUUCGAAGGCAGAAUACAGGCCCUGGAGGCCGAGCUGGAGGAGGAGUCUCAAAGGAAGAAAAUGCAGGAAAUAAAUAACCAAAAGGCUAAUCACAAAAUCGAGGAAUUAGAAAAGGCAAAACAACGUCUUGAGCAGGAAAUACAUGUCAACAGAAAACGAUUAGAAAUGGAGACUUUGGCCACAAAACAGGCUUUAGAAGACCACAGCAUCCGCCAUGCAAGAAUUCUGGAAGCUUUAGAAACUGAGAAGCAAAAAAUUGCUAAAGAAGUGCAAAUACUACAGCAACAGCGGAGUAAUAAGGAUAAAACUCUUACAAUUCAGACGAACUGGAGCUCCAUGAAGCUCUCCAUGAUGAUUCAGGAAGCCAAUGCCGUCAGCAACAAGUUCAAAAAAUGCUAUGUUUUUGGCAGACAUGAUGUCUCAGAUAAAGGCAGCAGUUCUGACAUCUGUGUUCGGGUUCGUAACCUGCAACUAGGCAUCUCAACUUUCUGGAGUCUAGAAAAGUUUGAAUCUAAGCUUGCAGCGAUGAAAGAACUUUAUGAGAGUAAUAGUAGUAACAAGAGUGAAGAUGUGUUUUGCGAUCCUGAAGAUGAGUGGGAACCCGACAUUACAAAUGUGCCAGUUUCUUCAUUUUCCAGAAGGAGGAGUAGGAGUUUGAUGAAGAAUAGAAGAAUUUCUGGUUGUUUACAUGACAUACAAGCCCACCCAAGUCAGAAUUUUCAUUCUUCACAUACAUCAGGCUUAAUGGAGAAAUCAAGCACUAUUUGCUCAAAUUCAACAGAAUCAUUUCUGCCUGGAAUUUGCAAAGAAUUGAUUGGUUCAUCAUUGGAUUUUCUUGGACAGAGUUAUGAUGAAGAAACGUCUAUAGCAGACAGCCUGAUUAGUAAUUUUCUUAAAAUCCAUCACGGGCUAUUUGCCAUUUCCAAAGCUCAUGAAGAACAAGAUGAAGAAAGUCAGGAUAACUUGCUCUCUGCGGACCGGGCGACCCAGGCACUCGCCAUCCAGGCCACGUGUGCAUUCGAGCAGCUUGUGGUGCUUCUCCGACACUGGCUGAGCGACGCUUUGCCAUGGGCCAGCCCAGCAAACCUGGGAGAUGAAUUGAGACAAGAAGUCAGAAAACUGGGAGGCUACUUACAGCUGUUUUUGCAGGGUUGCUGCUCGGAUAUUUCAUCAAUGGUAAAAGAGGCUCAAAAGAAAGAAAUCCAGAUUGUACAGCAAGCUGUAAAGUAUGUGGGACAGUUAGCAGUUCUCAAAGGGAGCAAGCUUCAUUUUCUGGAAAUCGCUAACAAUAAGGCUGCCAGUGUCCAGGAGGAUUUCCUGGGUGCUGUCCGUGACGGCGUGGGCUUGGGAAUGAACAUGCUAUUAGAUUCUGGACUAGAAAAAGCCGAGGAACUCCGGCGUGAACUCUUCCAGCAGCGCGCUCCGAGCCAGGCUUCCACACAGAUGAGGACCCUCGCCGUGGGACUGAUCGGGGCUCUCGAAAACAUCUUUGCUGAAUGUAAGACAGGAAAAGAAACUGGAAGUUUCAGAAUUCAAGUACAAGAAGAAGAUUCUGGAUACCAAGAUUUGAAGAAGAUGGUUAACCUUGCACCAGAAUUCUUGAAGUUAAAACAUUGCCUGGAGCAAACCAUUCAUAUUAUCAUUUCUGCACUGAAAGGAUGCCACAGUGACUUAAAUCUUCUCAAGAAUUGUGCUGACAGUCUUUGCAGCAUGGCCAGGGACUUGCACAGCGACCUGAGUGCGCACUGUGUCGGCGGCUGUGAACAGAGAACGCCUCAGGGCGGCCACAGGGACCUCGACUCUCUGGUCCAGGCGCUCCUCCUGUGUUUUGACUCUGAAGAGAGACCUGAUUUGUUGGAACCCUGGGAAGCUUGUAAUCAGAGCACAAGAGAAGGGGGACAGCAAUCUAAGUCAAGCAGGACCGACGCCAGUAGGAGUGACAAGGGAGCAAAGCACAUCCACGGACCCCAUGGCUCAGCCCCAGCCGUGAGCCCUGAGGGGUGUGUGCCCAGUAGGAUCCAGUGGGUGUGAACUGUGACGUGCAGGCACUGUAUGACCACGCACAGCAGCGACAACAUGGGGUAGGCGACAUCCUUAUGCAGGAGACCAUGAAGAGCAAGAAAUCAGUGUGAAGAUUUCAAGGGUGCCCUGGCCCUGGCCCUGGCCCUGGCCGUGGCCUUGCCCUGGGUGUGGACGAUACGAGCACCAUGGGAUCCUACUUCAGGACGCCUGCGUGUGCACUCGGCAGUUUCUCAGCGGACGAUCUUAGACAGGUAUUUGCUGUAUUGGCGCAUUGUGGCAGCAGAAUGAAAUUAGGAGUUAAAUACAAGUAAAUGGUCAUUUCUCUAGUUUCUCAUUGCCUUGAAUUUUAAAUGUGUGUGUUUACACUGAUAUGCUAUAUCUACUUGGCUCUUAGCCUGUUUGAAAAUGGUUAUUAUGAUUUUGAUAAGUUGUUUUCUCAUGAGUGGAAACCGGAACGAUCAGUUACCUUUGUGUGUGAACCUCCUUUCCUCUGUAAGUAGCCUUGACGAGGUUUAUGGUGAAGUCACCAAUGAAGGUUUAACUAAGGUAGCUGAACUUGCACUGUUAAAUCCCAAACUUUCGUUGGGUUAACUGGUUGCCAUUUUGAAUAGUGUGCUCAAGGGCACAGUUUCCUGUUUCUUUCCAAAUUCUAAGUGGCUACUGAAAUAUAGUAUGAUUACAUAUUAAUAUGGUUUUCUUUUACAAAUGAUUUGCUUUAUUAUCUCUGCUCCAUCGUGGGGCUGUAUAAUUUAAAAACCAAGUAAAUAUUGCCAGAAUCACACAGAUUGGGUGGGGUUGGGAAAUCGGGCUGGACAUUUUCUUGAUAAUGCUUGUUUUGUUAAAGCUGUAAUGCAGGAGUUUGUACAAGAUUUGAUAAAGAUUAAAGAGCCUUAUAUCUCACAAUUUAAAAGCCUUUAUCCACAAUCAAAUAAUAAAGUAAUAUUCUACUCAUGAGAUCUUCCGUGAAGGAACUAGUUUGACCUUUGACCUCACACACGUGUAAUUUGAAACGGUACCUGGCGGUUCCACAUGGAUGCCGUGCAGUGUAGCAGAUUUGUUUUCUUUUUUUUUUCUUUUCUCUUCUUUUUGGCACUUGAGCUUGUAUUCUUCCUGAAGUUCUACAUGUAGUUUUCAUAGUCAAUGCUCUGCCAAGUGGCACUUUUGCUACCAAGGUUUAUGAAGCGUAGAUGGACAUCUGAGAACUUCUCCUGAAGGUUGUACUUCUUUGAAGAACUUAUAAAGUACCAUGUGGUAGUGUUUUCACCUUAAUGUUUGGUAUUUAAUCUUUACUUUCUGCUUCCUAAGCUCAUACGUCAUUAGUCAGAAAUCUUUUAGUGUCUUUGUAAAAUUCUGUAUAUAUAUAUAUAUUUAUUUAUAGUACUUUGUUAUACAGUAUUUGAAUGAAUGGUGAAAAAUAUAUUUGCUAUUAGAAUCAUGUGUACUAAUAAAAAAUAUAAAAAGAAAUGCCUUUAAUAAAUCCUG